AUGACCGACUCAAUAACAGACGAGACAGCGCCACUGCUGGGCUCAUACACGAUCAAACCAUCCCAGCACCCAAAGAAACUACUGAUCUCCAUUGUGUGUGUUAUAUUCCUGCUGUCGGCCGACUUCGGAUUCUUCAUGUCCACCGCGCCGCAAAUGGCUGUGUAUGAAGAGAUCAUCUGUCGAGACUACCAGGCCACUCUGAUUCCUCCGGAGGUCAAUCCAUGUAAAUCAGACGCUGUACAAGGAGAACUGGCACUCGUGAUCGGGUACCAGAAUACAUUUGACGUGCUGCCUGGUCUUAUACUCUCGCUGCCAUAUGGCGUGAUGUCGGAUCGCUGGGGGCGAAGGCCUCUCUUGUAUCUUAGCCUACUGGGAAUUCUCCUCGGCGAGAUCUGGGUUAGGAUAGUUUGUCUAUGGUCAACCGUCAUUCCCCUCCGGAUGGUCUGGUUGUCAGCUGUGUUCAAAAUCAUCGGCGGUGGCGACCAAGUCCUCAUGGCUAUUGCCAUGGUCAUAGUGGCUGAUGUCUUCAACGAAGAUGAGAGAGCGACUGCGCUCUUCCGUUUACAGUCUUGCGUCCAAAUCGCAGAGAUUCUGGCUACUCCACUCAGUGCCUAUCUGAUGACUUUCGGUCCAAUGGUUCCCUAUACCCUAUCAAUAGGCAUCAUUAUUUUAGGAAGUAUUCCAGCUUUGUUCCUACCGGAGACUCUCACACACCCAAAGCAAACGCGAGUCAACCAAGAGGCAUCAGAACAGGACAGCGAAAGCGAGCAGUCCCAGCCUCCGAGGAAGCAAACAGUGCUGCAGGAGGUCACCCGACAAGUCCGCGAGUUCGCACGGUCGACACGCUUCAUUUGGACCGAUACUAAUAUCUGUUUAAUGGUCUUUGUGAUGUUUGUCACUAUGAUGACUCGACAAUCCACAAACCUGCUUCUGCAAUAUGUGUCGAAGAAGUUUGACUGGAGUAUCAGUCGCGCCAGUCUCUUAAUCUCGCUGCGCGGGAUAUUUUCUCUCGUGACAUAUUUGGUCAUAAUGCCAAUCCUGUCCUUCUUAGUCACCAAACACCUAAACCUCCGUGGCAAACGUAGCGACCAUUUUAUGAGCAAAGGCAGCGGCGUGCUUUCAAUCAUUGGUUUCGCCAUUAUCUCCAUAGCUCCAACCCCUGCGAUCUUAAUCGGUGGUCAAGUCAUCUUGUCAAUGGGCUCAGCAUUCAUUAUCACCACACGCAGUCUGGCUACUUCACUCGUACAAAUUGACCAUGCUGGCACUUUGUAUUCGGCAAUUGCCAUUGCACAGGGCGUCGGAACACUCAUUUCCGGUCCCUUAUUUGCCAACCUCUUCCGGUUAGGUAUGCAACUUGGAACUGUCUGGAUGGGACUGCCAUUCUUCCAAGCCUCUCUCUUUUUCGCUGUUGCUGUCGCCGCCGUUUGGCAUGUUCGACUUGGACCGUCUCCGCGAUCCAAUGAUGAGGAGGAACAGGACCCUUUAUUAUCUUAA